CUGCAGAAUCUUAUUAAACGCGAUCCAGAAUCUUAUAAAGAAGAAUUUCUCCAACAACAUCAAUAUUAUAAGUCUACUUUGGAAGUAUUUCGUCUAACACCUAACAAAUUUAAUAAGAGUCUGGAUGAAAUAGUCAUCUUUCUGGCACAGGUAUGAUAAAGAAACUACGUGAAAAAAUACAUUCACAAAUAGCUUCCUUAUUAUUAUAUGACAGUAAUUGAUAAAGAGCUUUUAAGAAUAAUAGUCAUGGAGAACUACUUAGAAUAUAUUAAGGGUAAAAUUAUCUGCCGAAAUAAUAUUAUAAAGCAACUGUAUUCUUUAAUUGGUUAUCCAGAUGAACCUAUGCCUUACAGUAUAUUUAUAUCUGGUCACGUAGCAACUGGAAAGUCUUUAAUAGUAGAAAGUAUGCUUUCCUUUUUAAAGUACAAUGCUUCUAUUGUUAAUUGUAUUGAACAUAUAAAUGUUAAGCACAUAUUUGAUUACAUAUUAAGCGACUUAUUCUCGGCGGCAAAUAAAUUUGAAGUUAACACCAAACUGCAACGCAGAUGUGAUAACAUUGUUGAUUUCACAAUAAGUCUUAGAGAGAUUUCAAUGAAUGAUACUCGACCGAUUGUGCUAGUCUUCGAUAAAGCCGAAAAGCUGAGAGAUGUCGAUUCCAAUUUGCUACCUGCAUUAUUAAGGUUGAAAGAAUUAUCAAAAGUUAAUGUUUGCGUAAUAUUUAUAAGCGAUUUAAUAUGGGAAAAAUUUCGUAUAAAAGUUGGCAUGUAUGAACCGAUUAAAAUUCAAUUCCCUCAAUACACGCGAAACGAGUUUACCGAAAUAUUACUUCGAUACAUGCCAGACAACUAUGACGAGACGUUUUAUAAAAAUUACUUGAAUUUAUUUCUUUCCGUGUUUUUACGAUUUUGUCGAGAUUUCAAUGAGCUUCGUUACAUGGCUAAAAUAAAUUUUUUAAAAUACAUUGAACCCAUUGAAGCUAGCGAAUCUAAAAAAGACGAUACUGCUAUGCUGUGGAGAAAUAUCUCUACAGUUUUCAAGUCGAAUUUAGAAGUUAUUUAUCUACGUGUUUCAUCCGAAGAUUUUACAAAACACAGUCAAAUAUCCAAGGAAAUUGAAUCAACAACAAAGUUAGCGUUAAGUUUUGAAUUACCAUAUUAUGCGAAAUAUAUGUUAAUUGCUUCGUACCUCGCGUCGUACAAUCCCGCCAAAGAAGACAAACAUCUGUUUGUGAAACAAAAAAUGGGUAAAAGGAAAAAAGCACAUACUAAACCAAAUUCGAAGAAAUUAAAUGUUUACUGUGGCCCUCACAACUUUCCAGUUUCUAGAAUGCUUGCUAUCUUUUGCGCGAUUCUCGAUGAGAAAGUUGAUAUAAAUGCCAGUUUGCUUGCGCAAAUUCCAUCCAUGUGUCAAUUUGGUUUAUUAAGUUUUGUAGGAAAUUACAAUUUGGAUGAACUGAAACUUAAGUGUUGCGUAUCUUACGAUUUUAUUCUCGUAAUAGCCAAGUCUGUUGGAUUUACCAUACAAAACUAUAUAUACGAUCUUAUACAUUAAGCGCACUGUGGUUUCUGUAAUGUCCAACCAUCAAUCACCAUCAUUGUACAAGCAAUACGUUAGCUUACUAACAUUUUUCUUUUGUAUCCACUUAUUUAUAUUUAACAAAUAAAGAGUUAUGAUUUGUAAGUAUAUUAUGUCCUUUUUUACAGUCAAAAUGCUUUUAUCAUGGAAUAUGCAUGCAAGUGCAGAAUGUACCAGAUGCAAAGUAUUGCUAAUUUAUCAUAACUUAAUUUCAUUA